CUUUCAUUAGCAUGGCUGCGGUGUGUCUGCGUGACGGAACCGUCGAGAAAAUCUAUUACGUUCGACCAAAGCAAACUGUGUGCUGUUCGCUAGAAGUUAUCUUUUGCUGCUCGGGCGCUGGGCUGCGCUAACUCACACGGAGCUACAAAAUGACUGGGGUUGUUGUUUAAUUGUUUGUUUUAUCGUGUAGAACGAGCAUUUCGCAGAUUCUCAUACUUUUGUGACGAGUUUUCAAACGGCGCGGUUUUUAUUUUUUUAGAUUUAUCGGAUCCCUUGCGCUGUUAAAGUCGGUUUGAUGAGUUUCAAAGCUCUUUAGAGCGUGUAUUAGUGGACUAAACUGAUUGUAAAGGUGGCUUUGCAUAUCAAGAGAAGCUUGUAUUUGCACAAAGAAUAUAUAUAUAUAUAUUCUCUUACUUCAAGGGUUUAAAUAACAACAAGCCAACGAAGACUGUAAAUUUCAAAAGCAAACACACAAUCGUGUAGCUUGUUUAUUCAACUGGAUGUAUUCUGUAGUGAAACUUAAAAAAAUACUGCGUAGAGUCUAAGUUGAAGAGGGCUUAAACAAGCCACUUUGUUUAAUUAACUGGCAUUUCUCGACGGUUCCGGCUAUCGACGGCGAAAAAGGAGACGGAGAAAAAUUCUCUUUUGUAUCCUAAGGGAAGUAGCCCUUGACCAUUGAUGAGAAAUGGACGCGCGUGCCAAGACCGUUUACAUGCCUAAAGAUAGGUUGGGCUGUCUCUUUGACUGUUGGUGGAGGGUUUGCCUGGUCUCCGCCUUGAGGAACAUCUGACUUUCGCAUUGGCCGGAUGACAGUAAGGAAAAGGCGCUAAUCGUUAACUGGACGAAUGGAUGUAUAUGGACGUGUUUGUAAGCCUUGCACCCUUUGCCAGUCGGUGCGUCGGUGAAACUAGUAACGCUCCGUAGACCGUGGCGACAUAACUCCCCCGGACCCCACCACCACCACAUCACCACCACUUCGUUACCACGUGACGCAGGAGUUAUUUCCAAACCGAUCUCUUCAGUAGCACGCCAGCUGUCAAUCAGGACUUGAACCUUCUGCUAAGCCAGACUUAGGCGAGAGAACGUUUCAGCUCGCUCGCAGUCUGUGAGGCUGUCGCCGCGGCACAGGGAGACAACGAUGGAUGGAGGGAUGGUCUCGGAUCCAAGCUGACCUAAUUUGUUCAUUAGAAAUUGACAUCGGAAAUCGUUGACCGAGGCUGGGAAAGGGUUCAAAAACACGGAUUGCGGUCGACAGCAGCAAGCAACGUAUGCCAUCAACCCAUUUUCGUCCCAGUCUCACCAACCAAUACCCGACUGCAUAGUGUAACUUACCCUACUCCUACCUACCCCACCCCACUCUUUCAGUCAUCACACAGUGUCUACAGUACUUUGAAGUGAGGACCAAAGGCGACGUUUUUUUCUCGGAUGUCGUCGGUCAUGGCUUCCGCUGGGAGACCAAACGUUGGCGAGCAGAUAAAUGGUUCGGUCGGGACCUCAGGUGCGGAAGUCUUUAAACUGUGUCGCGUGCUGGUGCCAAUGUGGUCUGCGACAGGCGUGUGGCUGGCAGUUUAACGGCGCGGACUGAGCGGCGAUGCCUGGGCGCCGAGGCAGAAACUGAUAACAGUCAGCAUCUCCUCACCUGGCAUGGGGCUCAACUAAUUGCCGGCGAUGGCAACCGUGGUCGUCGUUAAAGUGAAAAAAGCUCGACUCGCUGGCCCUCCAGAGCGUUUCAAUACCUAUGUGACUCUAAAACUUCAGAAUGUGAAGUCAACAACGAUACAAGUCAAAGGCAACAAUCCUUGCUGGGAGCAGGACUUCCUCUUCGAAACGAUGCGGCUGGACACGGGCCUAAUUAUAGAGCUCUGGAACAAAGGAAUGCUGUGGGACAAGCUUAUGGGUCUGCACUGGCUGCCCCUAACCAAGAUUCACCACUCCAAUAAGGUCAGGAGGCAGGAGGGCAAGGGGCGAUGGCUCAGCCUGGAUCAGGAGCUGGUCAUCCAGAAUGGCGAGAUUGUGGGCACGCGGUUCCCCUCAGAACAUCACGUUCUGCUGGACGCACGCUUCGAGCUUCCUUACGACAUUGUUGCAGACCUCCCUGAAGCGGAGGCGGCAGAACUGCAGGACAAGCUGUCUGUCAUCAACUCUAUGAUGAGUCCGGAGGUGAGGGUCUACUCGUCCAGUGCUAUCAGACCUUUUCAAAAAAAAAUGCUUGCAACAAUACCGGAGCAAGCUCGACCUUCGUAUGCUCAGUCGGGUAUGUCAGAAGACAGCGACUAUACCAGCGACAUAAACUAUCCAGUGCAGCAUCAACAUAACACGUCGGCCCAUCAAUACCGGAGCCACCCAGACCACCCGUAUCGCAGGCGAGAAGACACCUCCCAAGAUUACCCCACGUACGAUUCGUUCGACCAGUCCUUCGAUCGAUCGUUUGAUCAGUCCUUUGAUCGGGGGUAUGAACGUGAGCCAGAUUACUACCAAGAUGGGAGCCCUUACCACAUCGGCCGUAGCGACACAGACUCCGAACCUCUUUACUACAAUAGUCGACCAAACAGCCGGCCGCAGUCAUAUAUUACUGACGACAGAUGGGAAUGUCAGCAGAGCAUACAAAGUCCAGAAACAAGUCGCAACUCUUCGCUGAACAUGAGUAGACAAAGCACACAAGAUACGCAGGACUUUAGCCCUGUAAACAGCAGAGUCUCCUCAUCGAACGUGAGUCGCCAAAGCACGCAGGAGUUCGUGGACAGCUCCUUCGACCUGUACGAGCAGGAACAGCAGAACCCGGACAUCACCUCGCCUGCCCGCACUCGCUGGAUCGAGGCGUUCAACCGGGUGUGUGCAGAGCUCAACGAGUCAGGGUCAAUGAUGGGGGUAUCAGAUGAUCAUGACUACUCAGAGGGUUACAACUACAAGGCCUGGCCUCCAGCUAAUGGCGGACCUCCAGAGCAUAAUCCAUUCUACACAAGCAUUGACAGUACACCUGAAAUUAAGCCAAGGCGAAAAAGUAUACCACUCGUCAGUGACUUGGUUAUGAAGAGUAUGCAGAACAAGAGGAAUGCAGGUGUCCCAUCAGCAAUGGUUGCCAGGCAGUCGCUUAAUGAUGAGGAGCUGAAAAUGCAUGUGUACAAGAAGACUCUGCAAGCUCUUAUAUACCCCAUCUCCAGCACCACUCCUCACAAUUUUGUUGUGUGGUCAGCCAGCUCACCUACUUACUGCUUUGAGUGUGAAGGGCUUCUGUGGGGCUUGGCCCGACAGGGAGUGCGAUGUACUGAGUGCGGGGUCAAAUGCCACGAGAAAUGCAAAGCUCUUUUAAAUGCUGACUGCUUACAGAGAGCAGCUGAAAAAAGCACAAAACAUGGUGCUGAUGAUAAGGCUCUAAACAUCAUCAAGGCAAUGAAGGAACGAAUGAAGACAAGAGAAAAGAACAAACCUGAAAUCUUUGAGCUCAUAAGAUCUGUGUUUAAUAUUGACCCUACCUCUCAUGCUGGACAUAUGAAAGCAGCCCAAAAUUUCUUAUCUGAUGGUACUUCUCAGUGGUCUGCACGCAUUGCAGUCACAGUGAUAUCAGCUCAGGGGUUAACAGGGAAAGACAAGACAGGUACAAGUGACCCCUACGUCACAGUGCAAGUGGGCAAGGUGAGGAAGCGCACAAAGACAGUGCCUCAGGAUCUCAAUCCAGAAUGGAACGAGAAAUUCUACUUUGAAUGUCACAAUUCCUCAGACAGAAUCAAAGUACGAGUGUGGGAUGAAGACAAUGACCUCAAGUCAAAGCUGCGACAAAAGUUGACAAGGGAGUCUGAUGAUUUUCUGGGUCAAACUAUCAUUGAGGUUCGAACACUCAGUGGUGAAAUGGAUGUCUGGUAUAGUUUAGAAAAACGGACAGACAAAUCAGCAGUGUCAGGAGCCAUUCGACUUCACAUCAGUGUAGAGAUUAAGGGAGAAGAAAAAGUUGCACCAUACCAUGUGCAGUACACAUGCCUGCAUGAGAAUUUGUUUCACUACUUGUGUGAACAAGCUGGUGGAGAAGUCAAACUUCCUAAUGCCAAAGGGGAUGAGGCCUGGAAGGUAUACUUUGAUGAAGCAGGACAAGAAAUAGUAUUAGAGUUUGCUAUUCGCUAUGGUAUUGAGUCUAUAUACCAGGCAAUGACACAUUUUUCGUGUCUGUCCACCAAAUACAUGUGCGCUGGGGUUCCAGCCCUCAUGUCCACACUUCUCGCCAAUAUCAAUGCCUUCUAUGCACACACUGCCACCACAACAGCUGUGUCAGCCAGUGAUCGAUUUGCAGCUUCAAAUUUUGGUAAGGAGAAAUUUGUCAAAUUGUUGGACCAGCUGCAUAAUUCUCUGAGGAUUGACCUGUCCAUGUACCGGAAUAACUUUCCUGCCUCGGAUCCUGGUCGCUUGAAGGAUCUUAAGUCUACAGUGGAUCUGCUUACUAGUAUUACUUUUUUUCGCAUGAAGGUGCAAGAACUGAGCAGUCCUCCAAGAGCAGGUGCUGUUGUCAAGGACUGUGUCAUAGCCUGCAUUAAGUCAACCUACAAGUUUCUUUUUGACAACUGCUAUGAGCUUUAUCAGAGAGAGUUCCAAACAGACCCAUCAGAACAGACCACCACAGACCAAGAUGGCCCAUCUUCUAGAAGCCUAGACUUUUGGCACAAGCUGAUAGCACUGGUGGUGUCAGUUAUAGAGGAGGAUAAAAACAGCUACACAUCAGUAUUAAAUCAGUUCCCACAAGAGCUUAAUGUGGGACAAGUCAGUGCCUACAUGAUGUGGAACCAGUUAUCUCAAGAUUUGUGCAUUGCCUUAAAAGAGCAUGAAAGGGAGCGCACCUGUAAAAGCUCAGAGUAUAUGAACCUGCACUUCAAAACCAAAUGGUUGUCAACAAAAUAUAUUGCCGAUGUGCCUCAAUAUAAGGGAACUAUACCAGAGUAUCCACAGUGGUUUGAACCAUUUGUCAUGCAGUGGCUAAAUGAGAAUGAUGAGGUGUCAAUAAAAUGUUUGCAUGUAGCUUAUGAACGAGACAAGAAAGAUGGAUUUCCAAAGAGCUCAGAACACUACAUGUUCUCUACAUCAGUGGUGGAUGUCUUUACUCAGCUCAACCAGUGCUUCGAUGUCAUUAGGAAAUUGGAAUGUCCAGACCCAGAGAUUGUCAAAAACUACAUGAGAAGGUUUGCUGAGACUGUGAACAAGGUGUUAUUGGCAUAUGCAGACCUUGUUCGAAGAGAUUUCGAGAAAUACACAGGCAGACAAAAAACAGCUUGCAUCCUGAUGAACAAUAUCCAGCAACUUCGGGUGCAGCUAGAGAAAGUGUUUGAGUCCAUGGGUGGUGAAAAAUUGGAUGCUGAUGCGGCAGGCAUUCUAAAUGAGCUCCAGCAGAAACUUAAUGGUGUGUUGGAUGAACUCAGCACUAUUUUUGCUAAAAGUUUGGAGCCUCAAAUUCAGCAAAGCAUGCAAGAACUUGCCACCCUGUUGUCCAAGGUUAAAUGUGCAGGGCAGGUAUCUUUGUCACAGCCUAGCCAGCGCACCAACAUUCAGCAAGAGGCAGACAUGGUCCUUCGCCCGCUCAUGGAUCUACUUGAACACAGCUUGUCAAUGUAUGCCCAGGUUUGUGAGAAGACAGUCCUGAAACGACUGCUCAAGGAGUUGUGGAAAAUUGUUAUGCAUACCAUGGAGAAGACAGUCAUUCUUCCACCAUUGUCAGAUCCACGCCAGCUGUUGCCUUUGCCUGGCAAUGCUCAGGCAAAGAUAGAGGACAUGUCACGCAUUUUGCUGAAUCAUGUCAGUCAAAUGCCAGUCAACGUGCCAAUGAAGCAAGUCAAGAGUAUACAGGCAACUUUCUUGGACAUGUCGAAAGAGGCUGAGAAGAACCUGAGCCCUAAGCAGUGUAAAGUCGUGGAGAUGGCUUUGGACACAAUCAAGCAGUACUUUCAUGCUGGGGGUCAGGGUCUGAAGAAGACUUUCCUUGACAAAAGCCCUGAACUUCAGUCUUUGAGGGGAACUCUUUCUCUGUAUACACAGACUACAGAUUCCCUCAUCAAGUUCUUUGUCGGCAACCAGACAUCACAAGACCAGCCAAGCAAUGAAGACCCAGUAGGAGAAGUAUCCAUUCAGGUAGAUCUCUUCACCCAUCCAGGCACUGGAGAACACAAAGUCACAGUGAAAGUUGUGGCUGCCAAUGGACUCAAGUGGCAGACGACUGGGAUGUUCAGACCAUUUGUUGAGGUGCACCUGAUUGGCCCCCACCUGAGUGACAAGAAACGCAAACAUUCCACCAAGUCCAAAUCCAAUAACUGGUCCCCCAAGUACAAUGAAACAUUCCAUUUCAUACUUGGAAAUGAAGAUGAGCCUGAUGCCUAUGAGCUCCACAUUUGUGUUAAAGACUAUUGCUUUGCCCGAGAAGAUCGUCUCAUUGGCAUUGCUGUCAUGCAGCUGAGGGAUAUAGUGGAGCAAGGAUCCUGCGCUUGCUGGUGCACACUGGGCCGGCGCUUGCACCUGGAUGACACAGGCUUCACCAUCCUGCGGAUUCUCUCUCAACGCAUAAAUGAUGAAGUGGCCAAAGAAUUUGUCAAGCUCAAGUCCGAGUGUAGGCAUGCAGAGGAGAUUAUUCCACAGUCCUGAAUGGUACUUUUCCUAGUGACUGGAAAUUUCUAUUGUUUUUUUCUUUUCAAAAGAGAGAAAUAAGGGCAUGAACACUUACAUUUCAAAUGUGCUCAAAUGUCAGUUGCAAAGUGGAAGUCUGCCUCAAAAAUGGUGCUGCUCAUGUGUUUGGUCAAGUGGCAAGCAUGGGUGUGUAUGCUAUGCAUGGAUACUCUCCCCUGUAUAGUCUUGCACAGCCAUGAGGAUCACUAGAUUUUGUUGCUGUGGAGGCUGUUUGAUUCCAACACAGAUUUUGGCUAAAGUUCUUGGUGCACUACAGAACUUUGAACUGGUGGUGAUUUUUGGUACCACACCUCCCAUGUGUUCCUCUUCUUCAUCCUGGCUUUCUUAUGGAUGCAUCACCAUCAACUGCUGCAGGAUGGCACAAAGUGGUUUGCCCGGAAAGAUUAUAGGAGUGCCAAUCCACUGGCUGUUCCUGUGCUAGGCUACUGAUGUUAAAGGGAACAAACCUUUGAGCAGCAUAAAGAAAGACAGAAACCAGCAAGUAGAAAAUCAGUAAAAGUUACAAAGUUGGUUGUGAAGGCUGUAAGCACUAUUCAUGUGUUGUACACUAGGAUUGUUAAAAAAAAUGGUGGAGGAUUGAUUUCUUUGUUUACCUGAGUUUGAUAAAUGGAUUGGAAUGCUGUAUACAUAGGAGCCCUCCCUUCAUGCAUGCCUUUAUUUGUUGUUGUUUUUUAGUCUCAUACACCUCAUCCUUGGUGCACAGUUCAGUCUAGUUCAGUACAGGUUUUAGUCACAGAGUUAGCUUUGUUUAGCUAGAAAGAGAGUCGUUUAUGAAUGGAUAAAGAAGCCUGCUGAUUUGACACAAGUUGCUUUUACCAAAGUAAAUUUCUGUAUUUUCUAAAGUUCAUAACAGACAAGCUGACCUUUUCAUUUAUUUCAUUUUAUUUUUAAGAGUGUGUAGUUGAGGUAACAAGCAGCUUUACUUUGAAAAGGAACAGAAGUGAAACUUUACUGGGUGUCAGAAUGCUGGUCUGAAGAACCAGUCUGACAAGAGUGCUGAGCACUAGAAAUGUCAGGAGUCUAAGCUUCUGCUUGACUUUUCCAUGAGUCUGAAAAUCUGCUGGCUGCUUUUUUGGUACCAAUCUGCUUUCAUGUCCACCUCUUGUCAGCAUGCAUAAACUUUUCUGUGCCCACUGGUGUUCCUAUCCUGUGCCCCUAAUUGUAGUUGUUGUAGACUUUUUUUGAGGCUGUUCUAAUGGUGCUGCACCCCAAGUUUUCCAGUUUGCUGGUUCUCUUCUGAUUUUCCACUGCCUGUGUCACUGUCUAUAGCUGCUCUGAUUUUUCCAACCCAGCCCCACUUGACCUCAAUACACUUUGGCUAGUCUUUCCACCUAAUAAUUCUUAAGGCAAUUUCAGCAUUUCAUGCAGUUAUUAAUAUUGAUUUUAUUGUUCAGAGCAGAGCCUGCAUUUUCCGCAUUUAUGCUGUGAAAUAUUUCCUAUUUCUUUGCAUUCAUCACUCUUUUUCCCUAUAGGCUUCCUAACCUUUUUUAAAUUUUAAUAAAUGCCAGGUUUUGUUUUGUUUUUAUAAAUCUUUAAAACUUUGAAUCAUAUCAAGGAUUUGUAGUUGUGAUUGACUCAAUUCGUUCUAGUCUUUUAAAAAAUGGCCUAGUCUUUGUUUCUUUGGGGUUUGCUUUUUUUUUUGGUUUUGUUUUGCUUUUUUUGCCAACUCUAACACUCACUUAAAGACAAAUAAAGCUACUGUGUAUGGAAGAAGCACUUAAACGUCAUUCAGAUUUUUUGUGGGUAAAUCUUGAAAUAUGGCAUUAAGAAAAGUAGAAAAUCACCAUCAGUGAAGACUGUGUCACUGGUAUUUCUUUUGAAUUUUUCAAAGUGUCUUUUUUAACCUAUUUUGUGACCAAGUGGACCUCUUUAUCAGGGCAGCAGCAACAUCUAUCUUCUGAUUGUCUUCAUUGUUCUAAUUGUUGACAGGUUGCUGAUGUAUGAUUUCUGACUUUACUUUCUAUGAAGGUGUUCUUUGCUGAUAUCUCAGAGUUCUUGCUUUAGCCUGGCCCACAAGAAACAGUUGGUAACUCAGAAUAUACAAAAGUUAUGUACACUAAAAUAUUUCACCAGCUUUUCCAGCAAAAUUACUUUAGACCAUGGUUCAGUAACUGCCAUUUUCUGUUAUACUGAAUCCAGCAGGCUGAUGCAUCAUCAUCAUAAUUAUGAUCAUCAUCAUUACUACAUUAUUACUACUUUUUGUAGCUAAAUGUGGUUCUGUAAUUAUGCAUCAGUAUGUGAGAAAGCCCAAGUUUAGCUAUCUUUAUUUUGCUUGAACAUGUAGACAGUGUCAUGCAGAUGUACUAUUAUUCUAGUUCAAGAGCAUGUAGAUGUGACCAGUUUAAGCUAGAAGCAAGUGGAGGAAAACUUUGUCAAUCUUAUGCUGUAUUCAAAGUAAACAGAAAUGAUAGAUGAUCCCAAUUUAAAAAGAGAUUGUGAACUACAUAUAUAAGACAACAUUUAAAAUGAACUGUACACAUCACAUGAGUGCCUGAGGAGUAAUUUUUAUUUAUUUGGUCGUUUGAUUAUAAGCAUUUUAAAAUGUCACUCUCCCAUGUGUAAGUCCAUGCAUGUGUGAGUUCAUGUGUGCACAAACACAUCAGAAAUAAACCCCAGGGCUUCUGCUAACCUAAUUGUCAAAUGGUGUCUAUAAAAAGGCAGUACAAAAAUAAUGUGUCAUCAUUUCCUUGAUCUUUUACAAUGUACACUGUAUUAUGUACAUUUUUAAUAUACAUUUACUGUUUAGGCAAAGAGGUUGCUAAGUAAAUGUGAACACUUAGUAAUCUGGACAUCAGAAGCUUGUUUUAACCAUAUUUAUAGGACUUAUGUGUAUAGUAAUUACUGCUAGCAACAUGAAAAGCAAGAACAGCAAAGAAAGGAAUUAAUACGUAAGCAAGGUUGGUGCCAGAUGCUUCUUUAGCAGAGGUGGGCAAUUAAUUUUCCAAAGGGGCCGCAUGAGAAAUUGGGAUGGUUUUAGAGGGCCGGACUAAUAUAGUUAACUCAGUUUUACCCAAUACUGUAUAUAUAGUAUAUAUAUUGGCGGGUGGGCCAGCGGGCGGGCCGGUCAGAGACAGGAGACGGGCCGCAUCUGGCCUGCAGGCCGGCCUUUGCCCAGGUCUGUUUUUUAGAGUGACUUAUUGAAAUACAAAACUUUUCUUGCAGUGUUUCACCACCCUUCCCUCCUAGACUAAACAACGAGAAACUCUACUUAGUUGCUUCAGAUUUAGGUGCUUUUAAAAAUCUUUUACAGUCAAAGGGAAGAAACAUAUAGGCAGAGGGUGAGAGGAAAAAAAAUUCCGUAAGUCAUCUGACAGCAGUUUCAUUCAUUUUUCAACAGUUAGAAGAGAAUAAAUACCUCCUAACUCUUUGACAAAACAUGAGGUACAUUGGGUUAAGUGAUUGCCAAAGUUUUUGGUGAAAUUAAGAAUUGCAGUUCUCUAUGUCUUGAUUGGAAUGAGUAGCAGGCUAUGCAUGUGCUGGAGACUGGAAGAAACUUACAUUUUCUAUUUAUGCAUUACCAGCUGGGCCUCCUGUGUAACCUUUUUAGCCACCUUAACUUCAACAUUGGGAUCAGAAAUUAAAAUAUAAAAGUAAUCCCUUACUGCUGCAUGAUUUAGCAAGCACAUGAUUUAGCAAGUACAGGUGAAAGUGGGUUCUGACAGUACAAGCAAGUCAAAUUCAUUUUGGGCUUUAUAAUAUUCAUAUUUUUUAUUAAACAUGAGAUGCUAUGAUCACACUUAUCUUUAUCAAAUAUGAUCUGCCCUGGGUUUUCUCAUAUACAGAUAAACAUCUUUAAAAAAAAAUCAUUUGGCACAUAGAAUACCACUUGUUUUUCCUGCAAGGGUUGUCUUUGUGCCUGAUCCAGUUCCAUUUUACAAUUUAAAAUAUUUUCAUGGCUUCUGCUAAGGCUAAAUUCUUUGGGGUCCCAGGGACCCCUUUUCCAGAUUUUUAAGGGGUCCCUGUUCUUCGCCCAAAUUUGAAGGGGACCCCAUUGACGAAAAUUGAAGGGGUCCUCCGAACUUUUAAUGCGUACUGUACGCAAUUUUUUGCGUAAGCAGAAGCCCUGAUUUUAACAAGCGUCCAACAAAUGAAUGCUGUCCUUAGUUGUGGUGAGUGUGGGGAACCUUUCCUGACGAGUCACAGCAGGGAUUAAGUGCCUGCAUCUGCCAAGGCCUGCAGAGAAUACAGGUUAGCUGGCCACUGCCAACCUUUUUGUGAUGGCUUUUCUUCAUGGUUGCUGCAAGUCACAAAAGCAUUAUCAAGUUUGAAACCUCUGUAAUCAUAAUGAUUUAUUUCUGACUUUCAUAAUCUUAUGUGUUUGUAUGCUCGUUUUCUUUUUGGCCUUAUGGUGUAUUAUGAUUAUUUUUUUCUUUUAUUUGGUAAAUAUUUUUUUUGGAAAGAGCAUGACCACAGUAGUACCAGUUUAUUGAUGAAGUUUCAGUAUCUUCUCAUGCAUUUCCAGGCUAGGGAGUAUCCAUUCAACUGCACUCAAAGACACCAUUUUAUGCAGUGGAAUUGGGGAAGGGCUGGGGAGUCAUUUUUUUAGGAUGCUCAUCUUGUAUUUCUGCUCUUUUUGUCAGUGUUUGCUAGUUUGUGAGUGUUUUUAUUACUGAUAUGAUGAAGCUUAGAUCAGCUGGAGGUACUAGUGUAAUUUUAGGCCCCAGAAAGCUUACGUCCACCUAGCCAUCAGAUCUUUAGAAAAUCUGCUUUCUUGUGUGCAUGCAUGAAGCUAUUUUUGUAUGAACUAAUGCUUGUUAUGCUUGAGAACAAAACUGUUUUCUAGUUUAUCUUGUAAUUAGGCACCUGUUGGAAGCUUUUGAAGAUUGAGUGUACAGUUUUAUUACCAGCUGGAAUUGUCUCUCAGCUCUUCAAUUCUGUGUUGUGUACAUACUCAUGAUUUUAUACACAAAUAUGAAGAAUUGUGGUAAGUGAAAGAUGGAUGAAAUUUUGUUACUCUUUGCUAAUACAUUUCCCAAAGUGUGUGUGUAUGUAUGAAUGUGGGUAUAUAUGUGGAUGUGCAUGUUUUCCGUAGACACAAUUUUUGGCCUUUGGGGUGAGAUUUCGCUGUGGAUAUAAAUUUCAUCUUAUAAAAAAAAAACAUUUGCAUGUGUUUCUUUCUGUAAGAGUUGGAACAUUAAAAAUUUUACGAAUAGAA